AAAGAAAAUAUGUAACCUUUUCAGAUUUAUUUGUCUCAAUGGUGCCUGAUGAGCUGCACACCUGCAACAAUUAUAUAUAUAAACCCCAUGCUGUAACAUCUUCAAUAAUUCAUUUCAUUCAUUCAUUGUAUUUUGUCGCCCGCUUGCUUAUAUUUUACAUGUUUUUUCUUUUCUCUUUCACAUCAAAUUAAUUUGUUAUAUAAUCUUCACCCUCAAAAAACCAUACCACAAGGAACCUUGAGAUAUGGAAGCCAAGCCAAUAACCAAACAAGCAAAUGAUGACGAGUAUUUGCGUGCGAAAUCCGAGAUUUGGUCGUACGUUUUCGGCUUCACCCCAAUGGCGGUCGUGAAAUGUGCCAUCGAGCUCCGAAUUGCCGACACUUUGGAAUCCCACGGCGGCUCCAUGACAAUCUCCGACCUAUCCGCCGCCCUCGGGUGCUCCCCUCCCAUUCUUGGCCGAAUCAUGCGAUACUUAGCCCAUCGAGGCUUUUUCAAGCAGACCCGAAAGCUCGACGACCCACCCGAAAAAAUUUACUAUGCCCAAACUGCCCUUUCGCGCAUGCUGAUGAAAGACUCGGACGACAGCAUGAUAGCCUUCGUCAUGUUCGAGAGCAGUCCCGUGAUGCUUGCCCCGUGGCACAAGCUGAGCGCGCGGGCCCGCGAGGAUGGUGUGGGCUCGGCUUUCGAGGCGGCGCACGUUGAGGACAUUUGGAGUUACGCGGCCAAGAAUCCCGAGCACAGCAAGCUGAUGGACGACGCCAUGUCGUCCCACGCCAGGGUGGCAGUGUCGGAGAUUGUGGAUCAAUACCCGGCGGCUUUCGAAGGCGUGCGCACGUUGGUGGACGUUGGGGGUGGUGAUGGGACGGCCCUUCGUACUCUGGUGAAGUUGUGUCCUUGGGUUCGUGGGAUUAACUUCGAUCUUCCGCACGUGGUGUCCGUGGCACCGCGGAGCGACGGUGUCGAUCAUGUCGAGGGCGACAUGUUCGAGAAGGUUCCGGAGGCCGAUGCGUGUUUUCUCAUGUGGGUGCUGCAUGAUUGGAGUGACGAUGAGUGCAUACAGAUACUGAAAAAUUGUCGGGAAGCUGUCCCGAAGGAUACUGGGAAAGUGAUGAUUGCCGAGGCAGUGAUCAAUGAAGGAGGAGAAAAGGAAGAAGACGAGCAUAUGUACGCGGACGUUCGUCUAGCGUUGGACAUGGUGAUGUUGGCCCACACGGAGAAAGGAUAUGAGAGGACUAUUAAAGAAUGGGAUCACGUAAUCAAAGCAGCUGGCUUCACAAAGUACACGGUGAGGCACAUUCAUGCCAUUGUGUCCGUGAUUGAGGCCUACCCAUGACUUGAUUUUACAAUUAUCAUGCCUUUUUAAUUUAUCAUCCUUUUCAAAUAAUAAGCUGUGUCAAAUUCGGUGCAUUCGAUUUGAUUCUGCACCAUUCGCCGAGUAUUUUGCAAUUUAAUCAACGCGCAAAUGCAUAGAUAAUUAUGACACGGGUGUAUGUUUGAUCUAAUAUUGCAGCCGCGUGAUUUGGUUUCACAAAGUGCUUUACUGCUUUAAUUCUCACUAGUGUUUAGCAUAGUUCUGAAAACCGGAACGGACCGGCCGGUUCGACCGGUUCAACCG